ACGAGGCUCGAGCAGACAGUGCUUUAUUUUCCUUAUACUUUUCUGAUUUUAUCACUUUGGAAAAGUUGAAAACGAAAAUAGAUUAGCAUGGGGAGAACUAUAAUAUGUGAAGAAAGUAACCAAGCUUUCAUUAAUGACAUUUAUAAUGAAAAGAAUGCUCAAACUGGCCUUCUUAUUGGGCAGUUAACCCCCCAGAGAGACUACGUCGUUUUAAUGGUGGCGACCCCCAUUGAGAAUGAACCAGAGGAGGAAGAAGAUAAUGAAUCAGACGGUGUGAAAACACGGUCGAAGGCUUCAAGGAAAUCUGCCACACUUGAUAGUAUCAGUGAAUCAUGGGUUACUUAUCAUGCCAAACAGGUUGUUCGAAUGAUGCCUGGUGGUUUGGACGUCAUUGGUUUAUACGCUGCUGCUAAUACUAAAGAACUGGAGAAAUGUACCUCUAAAUUAAGACAGCUUGUGUUUGCUGUACAUAAAACAUUAUCCAAAAGUCAACUGACCCCAAAGCCAGAUGAGGCCAUCACAGACCGAAUACUUCUACAGAUCUGUACACUUUCUAGAAAAUUAACUUGUAAAUCCAUUGAUGUUGGUGAUAACCAGAGUGUUCUUCGUCCAGCAGAAUGGAAGUUCCAGACAGCAGUUGAUAAGUGGUCCAUAUUGCGGACAAAACUGGCUCUUGACUACCCUAUCUAUAUACCAAAGCAAGAAGCAGACAUGAGUAAAAAGCUACAGACUAGCCUGAAGAGUAUACGGAAGCUGGUAUGGAGCAGUCUGGGGACAAUAACUGGUAAUAUCCGUGAUGAUAGUGAGGUGUUACAGGUCAGCCAGGAAGGGCCUAAAAAGACACGAUCAGGGAAAGGAUACAGUCAGGACAUGCAGCAGAAGUUUGCUGUGGAACUGUUUCUAACGCCUGUGGGGGAUUGUGAAUCAGAGGAGGAUGAGGAGGGAAAGGCAGUUGAGAUUGGCACAAAUAUCACCAUCCGUGGCACCAUCCAGGGAGAGGCAUUCAUUCAUGGGAAAGCGACAGUUAAAGAGGGUCUUCAGGCUUUGAAGUGUGAUGUUUUCCGGAGUUUACAAGCCCGGUGUUCCCUCAUGUGUGAAGAUCAACAAGCGUCUGGAGAUGGGCCGAAUGAUGGCAGCAGACUCCAGACGCCUCGCCGAGUCUUUGCCAAACUUCCCGAAAAGAAAAUAACACUUUGUGAUUAUAUGUUUGGGGAUGAGGAAGUGUCCGAUGUCCUCGAUAGAUUCCAAGAGGUUCUUGGCAUUACGUUAGAAGAAAAAGAUAUGAUUUUAGACAGAGAAAAUAUUCCAAGUGAGGAAGAGAUGAAUGCUGCCGAAGAAGAAGGUGCUACAACUGUCUCUGUCCAAAAGACGUCUGGAUUACCUGGGGGAGCAAUGAUUGGAGCUGUUGUUACAGGAGCAGUUAGCGCACUGGCUGCAGCAUUCUCAUACAUGUACCUACAGGAGUAGUCAUACAAAGGACAAGUUUUAUUCCAUGCAUCAAGUAUCCUUUGUCAUGUGGACCAGUGCAAUAAAUCUGUUCCUUCAGGUUUCUUGAUAUUUCACAAAUGAAAUGUUCACUGAACCAAUUGAUUUUACUCUUAUGAUAAUGUUUGUACCUUGGCUGUUAGUAAUUUUAAUGACUUUGAGUCGCUGUGAACAUAUUGGCCAGGAAAGAGGUCAAAGAACUCUGUUUGGUUCUGUAAUUGUUCUUUUAUUAAAUAAAUAUUUACUGUUUUCAAAA